AUGCCGUUACUUGCGGAGCGUCCGCGCUCAUCGCAAGAGGCGCUUCUCCGCCUCGAAAAAGGCACUGCCUCUCCGACUACCCAACUUCACGAAGCGGCGCAGAUUCUCGGUUUAGAUUUGGCGCUGUGUGAAAGUCACCCGGAAGUUCACCGCGAUGUUCGAAUUCAAACAAACGCCACCCCGAAAGAGGAAUGGGUUCUACGAUGGUUGUUGAAGAGACUGAGAAGUGGGAAGAACUACAGAGUGGACGCAACUUCAUUCCUGCUAUUACGACAACUGAUCGACCUAAUCUCGCCAAAGAACCUCGCUGCUAUUUUGAAAGACCAGAAGUUUUUGUCGAUUCUAUGUGAAGCGAUUGCAGAUUUGGAAGCCGACAUUUUUGCCGUUCUGGGAAAUGGGAUUGCGGCCCUGAGUUGGGACUCCGAGUCCAGUCAAACACUGGCUGGCUCCCCCCACGACGAUCACCGAGGGAGCCAAGGCAAAAAGAGAAAGAGAAUGACCAUCGAGAAUGGAGACGCAAUGGACGUGGACGGGGACGAACAUCGGCAGAACCCCGCAGCAUGCUUCAGCACCUUCAUUCGCGCUAUGGAUUGUCUAUAUGGAAUUGUGACACUUACACAACGCACAUUGGGCACUGAUGGAGUGGCAAACUCGCAUCUAAAGCUCGCGUUGAGGGGUGAGCCGGAGGCAAUUGCGAUGCUGCUGGGUCGAUCAUUCCGAGUGGCUGCUGUCGCUGCCAAGCAGUUUUCGCAUGCGGGGAAGACGACUGAUCUUCAGCAUUUGUUGUACGUGUUUCCCGCGGCAGUCGAGCUGUGGGAAUCGCGAUCCUACCGUCAAGAUGACACGGACAACAAAUCCAGCAAUGAAUUCUUCGCGAGACACUGCUUUGCUCACGCGCUUAGGCUCCAAAUCUGCCUGCGGUCCGCCAAGCUUGAUACUGAUGAGUGUGCCCAUCUUCUUCAUGCUAUCGAACGUAUUAUUGCCCUGCAUGUCUUGCUCCCGGCACGUGCGGCAUUCUUUGAAGACGGAGGCUCUGGUAUCGACUAUUCCAAGGAUGAGCCCGACUGGAGUCCAGUCAAGCCGGUCACCGAUACUUUCAAGCCGAUCAUUCGCGAAUUCCCGGUAGCCAAAGAUAAGUUCUCAGGUGAGCCCUGUAGCAACCCGUGGCGAUCAGUUGAGCUUCUUCCCGAACUGUUCGACAAUGCUGUCCGUGCUGUCCCGCGUGAUGUGUUCCGCAGACAGACGCACGAGGCUCCAUGGCUGGAGACUUUGUUUGUUGCUGUUGCAGAGUUAGCCUUCUCUACCGCGAAAGAAGAGGACUUUGCUACAUUUGACUUCAAAUUCGUUGCGGUUCUGGAGCAGCUUCUCCAAGUAGCUCUCCAUCGGAACGUCGGCCUAUCUUUACAUACAAUUCUUGCACAUGCCAACUACACUGGUCUUUAUGAAGAAGGCCUCGAGAAGGCCCAGUGGAAUGUAACGGCUUUGUUCAUCAGCCUUGGUGUCGAUGUCUUCCUGCCCAACUCUGGUUUGCGCGAUUCUCGCAAGCUUCUUGAUGCAUUGCUCGCCAAGAUUCAAUUGCAAUGGCGUGAACAUGGUACAGAAAACGCCAGGGUUUACAACACGAUCAAGGGUAAUAUCGUGUUGCCACUUUUGCGAGGGUUCGCCGCGGCAAGAGAUUUGCCAACCUUUUUGGAAGUGUGGCACAAUCAACUCGUUGCAGUGGAAGAAGCCCGCCAGGACAACAGCAAUCUGAGUUUGUUCUCCGUCUGGGAAGACGAUGAUAUUUCCGACGCUUACGCUGAGCUCAUGCGAACUUCCCUCGCGGAGUCGCAUGUCGCUGGCCAGAUGCGUACCGCCGCUAGCGAGACUAAGGCUGAUAAUGGAAAGAUCGCGGAGAGCCCUCAGUCAUACGCCAAGUUCGUUAUUGUCGAGGCAAGCUUCCGGGGCCGCGUUUCACCAUUUUCAGAAUCGGACAAGAUCUUGGCAUCGCUCCUUGAGACUGUGACAACGACUUUGUCCUCGAAGCAAUCUCUUCACUGGCGAUGGCGCUUGUGGCGGUUUGUUCGGAACCUUUUGGAAAACAGCCUGCAGUCAGCCGACGAUGUUCUUGCAAAGUCCGUGAUGGAACUGUUACAGGUUGCUGCAAAGGUCGUUCACCGCAACCACAAGGACCUGGCCAAAAAGCCUCUUGCUUCGCUCGAGUCUUGGGAAGCUUACCGGUUUGUGCUGGAUGCGAUCAAGGCACAUGUCAAUGAAGCGCAGCGAACCUCGUUCACUGCUGCGACAAAGGAUGUGAUCGAUCUCAUCAUCUCCAUCUCUCCCAAAGACGCCAAAAAGUCGAUGGAGGCACCUUGGAAUGGUCAGACUGACACAGUGGAAUCCCAAACCACUCUCGGUCUCGCUUACUUCCUGGCUUUGGUCAGAGUUCCAGGUGUCUGGAGUCAUAUCGCGUCGGGAGAGCGAUCGCGUCUGUUCCGGCACAUCUUGUCUUUGGCCGCUGCUCAGUACCGUUCUUCUUCGUUGCCUCUCGAGGCUAUUUCCGAGGAAGCCAGAUUCCUCCAGGCAUGGGCGAGCGUGGUUUGCCACGAAUAUCUGCUCAACGCUCCUUUGAUUGUCUCUGAUAUCUCUCUUCUUUUGAAUGAGUGUAUCGAGCAAGACUCCUCCAACCGCCGGAUUCUGGUUGAGAGCUUGCAAAGAAUCCCAGCCCCAUUGAUCACUCGUGGGCUGCGAACCACAAUUCUGAACAAAUUGCAGGAUGUUAUGCUUCAGCAGGACAGCUCUCCCGAAGUCGUGGUUGGCAUUCUCACUAUGAUGGCCAAACUGGCAGCCAUGCCCAAAUGUGAUGCCACGUUGACCAGCGAUUGGGAGCCAAUCUGGACCGCAGCUCGUGCAGUCUCACUCAAGGGCACAGACACUGAUCUUCAGAUCAUGAAAGCAUUCCGAAGCCUGUACCGUGCUAUCCUGGCCAAACUCUUGGUCCUAUCCGAGAAUGACCGCAACAAGCUGUUCAAGAAGCUCUUCGCCAGAGUAUCGAAGCAAACCUCAAAAAUGAGACAGGUCGAUCGUGACUCCAUGGCUUGCUUCCUAUUGCGCCUUUCUCUGUCUGAACUUUGGGUCCACCGCGGGAAAUUGCAGACAGCCUUUUCCGAGACAGAAUUGGCUGAACUUCGUCAACGGGUGUUUGAUUUGGUGUUGGCUGACAUGAAAUACGUCAAAGAUCAGUGCAGGAAGCAGAAGAUGGAAGAGACUAUCACUCUCAUCAAGACCAUUGAUGCGCUGGAGGAUUUCGAGGAUCUAGCCCUAAAGAAUAUCGAGGUCGAGAAGUUCCUGUCCAAGAUUCAGAACUACAUGGAAAUGUCCAUUGACUCGGCACCAUCCCGUUUGAUCCGCCGCCGCCUUCUCGCCAGCAAGGGACCUGAGAAGAGUAUUGCUCAACCAGUUCUUCAGUGCGCCGAGACUCUGACCCUCCAAUCUCUCUACGACGAGGAUCAGCAGCUCUUCAUCCGAACCACAACCGAACGGUUCCGCUCCAUGUCCACGGAGAAAACCACUCAGGCAGUCUGCGAGGUCAGAGGAUUGGGCUUGGUAGGCCAGAACGCCGGAUACAGACUCCUAGUGAUCUACCUCGCCAUCGCCUCGCUCCCUCCCAUCGAGGAUAAAGAGAGCGCCACGGCCCGAGAACUAUCCCUCCUCUGCACCGCUCUAGCGGAAGCCAUCCCACAGAGCACCAGCAUCGACCAAUUCUGCUUCGCAUCAGAAUGCCUGGAUCUCCUCCUCCGCACCCACACGCGCAGUCUAUCCCAGUGCAACGUCGACGCCAUCCUCGCAGCGAUCGCCAGCGCCUCCUGCAAGAUCGGACCCCAGAUCUCCUCCGAAUACGCCCCAACAAUCUACACCCGCCUGUGCCGCCUGAUGGGCGUCGUCCUAAGCCUGCAGCGCCUAAAGAUCGGCGGCCGCUUCCACCUCGUCGUAAACGCCAUGCAACGCCUCCUAGACUGUCUAUUCGCACGUUCCCGCAAACGUGGCCGCUCAACCCGCUCCCAGACAACUCUCUCGCAGCCCUUCUGGCUCGCCCCCCUGGAAGCCUCACACGCAACCUACUACACACGUCUGCUGACCUCGCUCUGCGACCCAACCGUCUCAUCCGUGCUACGCCCACAACCCGGCCAAUCCCGCGAAGCCCUCACAGAUCAAACGAAGAAAGCAAAGCGCAUUGCCGGACAGUACCUGCAGUACGUAGUGAUGGAGUAUGCGCAGUGUUCGUUGCGGGGAUCGUUGUCGCCGGAGGUAAAGGCGGCCAUCAUGCCUGGACUAUAUUCUGCUUUGGAUGUGAUGUCACGCGAGUCUAUGCGGGCUCUUAAUGCUGCGCUGGAUGUCUCUGGUCGGGCUGUGUUCAAGUCGCUUUAUGAUGACUAUGUUAAGUUCGGCAAGUGGAACAAGGCUUGA